UGUCAAUUUUAACCGGAAGCACGUGCGGCACCAUCAAAACGAAAACAAGCUAUCGCCGAAACUAUCUACAGCUACAGGGAACAUAUCUUUGUCAGAGUCGCCGCUCGCAUUGUUCAAGAAUGCUGCGUAGUCUCACAAGCCGGGUGUUUGUUCCCCUGUCUUGUCGUGUUGGCCAGCGGUACAUGGCUGAUUUCACUGGUAAUGCCAGUGAUGUGCAAGGAAUGCGUUAUGAAAAGAGUGUGAAUCAGAUUAACCUUCUUGGGCGACUUGGACGAGAUGCAGAGUUGAGGGGGUCAGCAGAGCAUCCUGUUGUGGUCUUCUCCAUGGCAACCAACUCUGUGUAUACGAAACAAGAUGGUCAGACAGUGUCCCAUGUAGACUGGCACAGGGUCAGUGUGUUUAAGCCUGGACUCAGAGAGAAGAUCGCCGUUAACUUGAAGAAAGGUGACCGAGUGUUUGUGACAGGAAUGUUGCGAUAUGAUGAAUAUGUGGAUUCUAAUGAAAAUGUGCAGAGAUCUUCCACAAUCCUUGCCUCCGACGUUGUGAAUCUGACCAAGAGGUACCUCGACUCAGAGGCUCAGUGACUGAAGGAGGGCGUUAGCUCAGCUGGACAACAGGACCACACUGAAAACAUUAGACUUUAAUGUUUCAUUGUGACUGAAACUCUGGGGGCUUGUAGUAAUAUGAUACUUACAAGUUUUUAAAUCCUUGUAAUAUCUUUUAGAGCAUUUAAUAGUUUUAAUAUUGAUGCUUGUUUCCAGAAACCUAUUUGUGGUGGCCUUUAUUUUUCCAUAAAGAUCUGCAUUUGUUUACUGGAUCAAACAACCAUAUGUGUUCUACUUUACAGAUUAAAUAAAAGGUCUGAUGUGCAGGUACAUGUUGGGCUUUUGAAAUAUUUCUGUGUUACCAGAGACAAAGAAAAUGAAUGUACAUUUUUGUUUGUUAUUGAUGCCAUUGUUUGUUUAUGUUGCCAUUGUUUGUUUACUAACCUGUUGACAUACGUUUGUCAUUGUGUUAUUUUUAGGAAAAUGCACUUGAUGUCUUUAAUUGUCUGAUGAAACAUUUAACAGUAAAGGGGUCAAUUAAUGAGGAAUAAGCUUCAGCAUGUAUUGAAAGUCUAGAGUGUUGAUUGAUCUAGAAUUCUUGUCCAAUAUCACCGACCGAACAUCCAUGCUGGGCUAUUCUGAAGAAACAUUGUGCUAUAAAAAUUUAGUUGUGGCCAAAGUGUCCUUUGUUUUAUGUAUGUACAUGUAGUAUAAAAACUCUUUCCUCCUUCCUGUUUUAUGAAAUUUGCAUGGUACAGUCCAGUAUUUGCAAUAUGUAUGCCGGUAAUGUGCCAUAUUUUAAAAUAUUUGUGUAUAUCUAAACAAGGUCAGGAAGGAACUAAUGAAGGUCAAAAUAAUGAAAUUAUAACAAGAAUGAAGGCUAACACAAAAUAUGGACCGAAAUCGCAAAUAAGGAAACAUUUGUAACAACUGUUGUAUAACUGGUCUCAUACAAUCUGCUCAGGAUAACCCUGAUGCUGUUGGCUACCUAUUGGCUUACCCCUCUUGUCACCCAUAUACGUAUUUGGAAUAAGAUGUAAUACGCCUGUUGUUACCUUUCUCUUAUUGCUGUUUUGAUGGAUAUUUUCUGACUUAAACAAGUGUUUUGUUGGAAAAGGGAAGUUUCGCGAUCAGCAAUUUGACAAAAAAACUACAGAAAUUACAUUUGGUCCUGUAAUCCCUGACCCAACUCUAGUGUCUAUACCUGAAAUCAUAUUGUUAAGGAAUUUCUUGACUUUUGUAGAAGUCAACUCAUCCAUACUCAUUAUAUUUGGGUUGUACCUCUAGUCACUGACUUUCACAAUGAAACUAAAUAGAGAUUUUGAGUAUCAUGUUACAGAAAUAUGAUCUUUAGUGUUUUCUUAGUACAUAUUCAGUGAGCAAGUUAAUGUUUAAUGUUCAUCAGCAAUAUCUUAACAUAUAUUGAUCAUGUUGACUAUAGGUUCAGCAAAUGCUUCAUGCACUCACUUUAGUCAUUACUCAAUAACUUUGAUUAUGGAAAAUUUAAAUGGAGGAAAAGAUAUUUUAUGGAGAUAGUGUUUGAGCCUUAGUAUUGAUACAUAGCUAGUACUGAAAUAUAAAUAUUAAAUUGUAUUAUUAUGUGUAUUUUGUUGAGAGGAUGUACAAGACAUGACGGUAGAGACAAUACUGCAUUGAAAUAGGCUGUAUUGGUUCCCGGUUCCUAAACCAGUAAUCUUUCCCUGUUUGUUAUGAGGACCUCUUGCAUCCUCUAACACUAUGUAUAGUCUCCAUUCUAUUAAAACCCAUUCAGCACGGUUGCUUCAUGUUGGAAGUGAGGUCAGCACCUCAGUCAUAUAGCAUUUCUCUCGAACAUAUGACUUAUUUCAUUGGCUGGCGGUUCUGAGCAUUUCAUUUGAAUCGUGCUUAAAAUAUAAUUGUGGUAGUAGAUGUAAUCUGGCUGGUUAUUAAAAUAAAACAAAUAUAAUAAACUGAAUUACGAAGGAUAGGUCAGAGUGAUGUACUGGACUUGUGAGAUGUCAUAUUCAGAGGCAGUGAUGUUAGCCUUCCGAUCAGAUUUAUGGGUAUUUAGAAGUUACAAGAAUGUAUGUAUUGUAAUGGAAAUAAGUAUGAGAAUUAUUCUGUCACAUGCAAUAUUGUUUUGAGUGAAGGUUAGAUGUGGAUGUAUGACAGACAAUGUUUGGCCAAGUUUUCCAAGCAAGUGGCUAGCCUGUGGGAUAGCUAUAUUGCAGUUGCUAUGAUAAUGAUAACAAUAUUCUCAUAUAUGUUACCGAACAUUCUGAAAUAAUGAGUGCUAUAAGAGUCUUAUGGUUUUAUAGUUUACCAUAUUGGGUAACUUGAUGUGAAUAGGUUGAAAAACAAAAUCUGUACAAGACAGCUGAACUUUGAAGGCAUAUUGACAUGCGUUAUGGCCAGACAAGCCUUUAUGUGAAGCAUGAUGCGAGUGGAAUAGGCUGUGUGAUGUGUGAAUAAAGAGUGUUUAUAUGGUUGGUGAUGUUACAAUUGACAUGUAUUUGUAGAAUAAAUAAAGAAUUUAUUCUAA